AUGGAUAUUGAACAUGUACCACGAAUAAAAAACCAAGAGGCCAACGAUUUGGCCCAAGGUGCCUUAGGAUACAAGGUAGCCAGGAGAAAGUUAAAGAACUUGACUGAAGUAAAAGACAAACUGGUAUCGAGUAGCGUCAUCAGACCAGCAUUGUCAAUGCCAAAAAUGGUGGGGGCAGAGAAGUUAAUACUAGAAAUUUUUGAAACUUUUAUCAUCGACAACAUAGCAAACAACGACUGGCGAAGGGAGAUUAUCGAGUUCCUUAAGAACCCAACAGGAAUAACAGAUCAAAAAACUAAAUACAAGGCGCUAAUUUUACAUGCAGAGAUAUGCUUACAAUCUGUAAGGGUUCAAAGGCAAAAUGAAAUCCCGUCUGACCAUUUUUGGAGCAUGAUGAUGGAUGAGUUGUUCGACUUGGAUGAAGAAAGGCUACUUGAUUUAGAUGCCUUGAUGAGGCAAAAGAAGAAAAUAGUUGAAACCUAUACGCAUGUUUCGAGUGAUGUAGCAACAUUUGGAGUCGGUGAUGUUCAGGUUCUUGCUACGAUUUUAACUUUGUGGUUAGCAGACAAAUCUGGUCGUCGGCUUUUACUUAUUGUUUCUUCAUCUGCAAUGGCUUUGAGUCUUUUGGUUGUUUCAAUAUCAUUCUACUUGAAGGAAUAUAUAUCACCAGAUUCUGAUUUAUAUGCGACAUUGAGCCUCGUAUCGGUGGCUGGAGUUGUGGUCAUGGUUAUUGCAUUCUCUCUGGGAUUAGGAGCAAUGCCAUGGAUUAUAAUGUCUGAGAUUCUUCCGAUUAACAUCAAAGGCCUAGCUGGAAGUUUUACAAUACUUGCCAAUUGGUUCUUUUCCUGGUUGGUUACAUUAACAGCAAAUUUGCUCUUGGAUUGGAGUUCGGGAGUGUGUGUUUUCACAGCAGGAUUUGUUGCCAUUUGGGUCCCCGAGACAAAGGGAAAAACUCUUGAAGAAAUACAACACUGUAUGCCAUUUUCUUCUGGUUACCUCUUGUGGCUGCAACAUAACCUGAAAUGA